AUGCGGCUCGGCUGGUACGCGGGGGUUUCGACAGCCCUCACAGGCGGCAUUAUUAUCCGAGCCUUCUACCAGCGGGCAAACUUCUAUUCGGCAAUGGUCUAUCUCGCCCAGAGCAACUUUUGUCUGCUGUCUUUGGUAAACUUCACACUAUUGCUCUACAGCAGCUUCAUAUAUGGCUUGACACGGCUGUGCUAUGGCACACUUCGGGCAGUCGAGGUCGAGCAACUUACGGAACGAGCUUGGUUUGCCAUCACCGAAACGUGCCUCGCAAUGACCAUAUUUAGGGAAGAGAUAGGAGCUUGGUUUCUCGUCAUGUUCACGGCACUUGUUACUGGCAAAGUUUGGGGAUGGAUUGGCGAUGGCCGUGUCGAAUUUCUCGAGCAACAACCGCCACCAAACCCGAGACUCUUCCAUCUCCGUCUCGGCACCUCGCUCUCCAUGAGCUUCCUCUAUGACAUAUGGAUACUCCGCUACGCGAUUCACAGCGUAAUUCAACAGGCACGACCAAACAUGAUGGUCAUGUUUCUGUUCGAAUUCGCAGUGCUUGCCACCUGUUCUUGGAGAACCGGAGCACGGUAUAUCUUGGUUCUUGUAGAACAGAACAUCAUAAAGAAGCAGACAAAGAAGCGGCUUCAGGAACGGCUUCAGCUAAUCCGAGAGCAGAGAGAUGCAAUGAUAAGCCAGCGAGAGCUGGCUGCUGCUUCUGGAGAAGAGACGCCUCUGAACCAGGAAUCUCUUCCAAGUGAGGAUGAUGUCGAUGAGAUGGACAUCGAAGUACCUGGUUGGGCCGCCAAAGGCGAAUGGGUGUUAUGGUUGGAUCUUCUCACCGACAUGAUCAAACUCGGCAUUUACGUCGCCUUUUUCGUCAUGCUACUCACUUUCUACGGGCUGCCAAUACAUAUCAUGAGAGACUUAUUCAUGACGUCGCGAGACUUUAUCAAGAGAUUAAACGCUCUGUUGAGAUAUAGGCGAGCCAUCCAGGAGAUGAACCGAUAUCCUGAUGCGACUGCGGAGGAUCUUGCCCCAGAGAACACAUGCAUCAUCUGCCGCGAAGAAAUGAGGCCAUGGGAUGCCGCGAACAACUCUACCACAAUCGACCGGGCGCCCGAAAAUCGAGGUGGCAACCUCCGAAUACUGGCUGGUGGUGCACCACAACCUCGUGGCGAGCAUCCACCAGAAAACAAUAACCAAGCACCGGCUGCCCAGGGUAGGCAAAACGAUGGUGUGCAGCGCCCGCAGGCGGAGGCUCAACCACGAGUGUUCAACCUAGGCCCUAUCCGGCUGGGCUUCGCAGCCAAUGGCCAACAAGUCAGAGACCUUGCGCAGCAGUUUGGUUUGCCUCAACUCGCUGGUAACGCUGCCGCACCUCCCACCUCAACAACGACUUCCGAUCAGCCAACCUUGGCGGACAAUCUUCAGAGCAUCAACAGUCUCAUCCAGCAGUCAGAGCAAAUGGUGCAAGUUGAGACGCAGCGCUUGCAGCUGGCCCAACAAGAGCUUCAGGUCACCCAUUUGCUCAUGGCCGAGCUUCAAAGACUUCAGCAGCGUCGGCAGCAGUCUCAAGAUUCAUUACAAACCGCCCAGUUCCAUCAACCCUUGGCUCCGUUUCGGACCAAUGCAUUUCCCCAACCCCCUCGGGUUUCAACUGCGAGCUCGAAUCAUCCCCAGUACACCAGCUAUCCCAUGUUUUCUGGCGUGCCGCCGCAACUAGGCUCCCCUCCCAUGGCCCGUUUCGGUGUUUCUCCCGCCAGUACGGUGGCGAUUCCUGCCGACAGCCCAGAUCUACCCGAUGGUGUGACGUUGCCACCAGGCUGGUCAUUGAUGCCCCUCCAGAGGCUCGACGGUGCGCCAAAUCAUAGCUGGCCAGUUGACACAUCAGAGAAUGCCCCACGGAACCAGGACAUGCAGGCUGCGGAUCAGAUGGUGAGCGAAUCUACGGCUCAGGUAACCUCCGAAGCCAAUGAAUUGCACGGGCAAGCAGAUGAACCCGUGGUCCCUCCCGCGCCCAUUGGUGAAACAGUGGCGAAUAGCUCACAAGAAACGCGGCUUUCAGCGACGACGGGUUCUGCCACAGCCGCACACCCGAGCCCUUCUGCGUCUAAUUCAGGAAGCGGCUCUAGUCAGUUGUUCGAUGGCGCGUCCUGCAAUGAGCAGAAGGAGACUGCGCAAACCCAGUCUUUGGAGGCGCAUGACGAUUUUCUUGGAGAGGCAACAGAUCAAACUCCGGUGGGUGCUACGCGCCAGCCCAGCAUCGAGGGCAGAGCGACAGAGCGUGAAGGGUUGAUGCCAUCUGGAAAUGGGAAAGGGAGGGCUGUUACCGUUGAGGAUACCAACGAUGGAGAUUGA